AAUGCGUCGCACGAUUCGGUCCAAAAAAAUACAUUUAAAAUAAGUAUUCUUGGACGAUUCGAUUCGAUUUCACGAACAAAAAAUAUGGAAAACAAGAAAAAAAUAUUCUGAUCAUUAUUGGUGUAUAUAACAGUUACGAAAUCCAUCGUAAAUACCGUGAAAAAUGUUAUAAUGGCCACCUUUGAAAAUAGAUUGAGUCGAAGGAAAGGAAAAACUGGUGGUGAAUCGUAUAGGUUAGACACUAAAAAUAAAACACCCGAAGAAAAUAUCAUCGAUAUAAUUCAAGGACUGUAUUUAAAAAAACAUCAUGAUGCAUCACCUACAACCAAGAGUAUAACAAAUGAAUUUAGGUCAGGUCUCCGGACUGUUCAAAAAAAUAGCUCUGAAAGUCUAAGAGUUUCUUAUUUGACUGCAUUAGUUCAUUUAUGCAAGGAAUUUAGAAAUAAUUUGGGGUUUACAACGGAUGAAUUAAUGUCAUGUAUUCGUGUGAGUCUUGUUGAUGAAUCUAUGCUCAUACGAGCAACAGCUUUACGAGUCCUGAGAUAUUUAAUAAGAUGUGAAAGUGAUGUUGCUUCAUUCAAUGCACUCAAAUUGCCAUUCCUCGUAAUCAGAUCAAUGGAUCUGAUGUUGCGCAAUGAAGAGGAACGUGCGCAAGCAUUGAGGGUAGUUCGACGGGUGAUCGCCGUAGUAGGGGGCACAGAGCAAUCGAUGCGACGGCAUAGAGCUGCAUACAUCGAGCAAGGUUUAUUGCGGUGUCUCGCGGCGGUCGCUCGAGCGGGCUGUGCGGGUGACGGCACGGGCGACCGGUUGUCUAGACCAGCUAUUGCUACGUUGGCUGAAAUAUGUGUGUUGAAUCCUGAUUUAUUUAUAUCCUGUGGAGGGGUAACAGCUGUAACUCGCCAAUUAGCAGAAUGUGCUACACCACGAAUGGCGGAAGCACUUUGUGGAGUACUUUUGCACAUCAUUAAUGAUCCCCAUUCAAGACAUUCUGCAAGAGUGGACUUAACGUGCCUUAAUUCUCCAUAUUGUGAUUUCCACUUUCGACCUGCAGGCACGGAUACAAGCAGGGACGAGCGCGAGAUGCGCUUCACGUGCAGCCGGCUGGCGCUGCUGUGCGUGCUGCGCAGCUGGCCGGGCCUGCUGCACUUCUGCCACCCGCGCGCGGCGGGCGGCCUGCGCGCGCUCGUCGCCUCGCUGCAUCUGCCUCGUCUAGAGGUCCGAAAAGCUAUUUUGGAUCUCCUCUAUGAACUUGUGGGACUGCGUCAACCAGAAUGGACGGAUGAGAUUUCCGUAGCGUUGGAUGCUGUCGAUCCGUCCGAUUUCCAGGACUCUUGGCGACUUAAUGAAGAUUUUGUCGCAGCCGAAGGAAUAGCUAUUCUACCUCACCUAAGUGCUACUGGCCCUGAUAUAAUUGAAAUUCAUCUUGCUCUAUUACUUCAGUGUUUCCUAGAGGCUGGCCUUCUUGAUGGUUUAGCUGAAGUGAUAGUCACAAGUGAUACUUUUAUAUCAGUCAGAGCAACCGUAUUGUUAGGGCAAUUAUUGCAUUUAGUACACAUAUUGUUACCACCGCAAAUUUGUAACAUAACUCCCGCGUUGCCUGCACUCGUAUCGCAAGCGUCUGCGGGGAAACCCCAGGCAUUGGCUGCCGUAGCUGCUCUACAAAGAUUGCAUUCUAUGUUAGAAGCAAGACCAGCUAGCAACAGCCUGUUCCUGGACCACAUUAUUCAGUAUUGUAGCGGAGCUUACAAAAUUAGAUCGGAAGAUGUUACGAAGAGUCGAAAAGAGAAAAGCAACGCAAGUAUGGUUAAGCCUAAGAAUCAAAGUAUACUUCACAAAGACAGUUUCGAAUUUUUGGACGAAUCCGAUACUGAGAGCGAACCGAAACAAAGACACAGUGUCGGAUCACGAGCUGAUGUAGCGACGAGGAAUGUUAGUGCGUUAGUGAAAAGUAAAAGUGUUACCUCUCGAACUAAUGCCGCAGUGAGUAAAGUGACAAAGUCGGCCAAGUUUUUCAAUUUGUUUGAGUGGUAUAGAGAUAAUUUAAUUAAGUCGUCAAUGGUUAUGCAAAAGAAAGAUGGUAAUACGUGGAAUUGGGAAAUUAUUCGCACUAUUUUGAAGGAAACAGACACACCAUUGCUAAAUUUAAGUGACAGUUGUCACAAGGCAUGGGCGAACAGAAUUAUAAAUUAUCUGAAGCCAUCGUCAAAUAAAUACUCUCACACAGACUUAUCUACUACAUGCAAUGGCCAUUCUGCGACGAGAGCUGGGUGUCAGCUUAUAAGACAUCUAUUGCAACAUAAUGACACGGAUUCAAAAAAGUUUUUGGAAGAUUUUUUCAAUGAUGUUAAUCGUCAAAUUGAAGCAAUACAAACUGGCAAGAAAGCGCACGAGUGUCUUUUUAGUCCGCAACAUAUGUGUAAUACGAUGUGUCAAAUGUAUUUCUUGUUUAUUGGACAACUUUGUCAUUCAAAUACGGGUCUGAGGCUUUUUAAGAAAUCUAAACUCUAUGAAAACCUUUUAGAACUAGCCACAAAGACGCAUCACAGCUGUUACGUCAAAUUAGUCAUAUCCAGUCUGGACUACACUUUAGAUGCGUGUCCUAGAGACAUUCUCGCCAAAACCCUAACAUGUAACAAUCAGGCUUCAAGAUUAUACGCAACCCAGUUCCUAAAUGUAUUAAUGCGUGCUUCGAGAAAGUCGCGAGAAUUAGUUCGACGGAAGACAAAACUAAAAAAGAAUUUACUAGAAGAACAUUGGAAACUUUCGCGUGCAGAUGAAGAGAUUUCAGAAGGCGUGGAUAUGGACACAUGGGUCCUGCAAAUGUUAGUGGGACAGAUAAGAGAUGAGUCAAAAGUUGUUGUUAAGAAUGCGUUGGCUAUUUUGGAAGAAGCCUUCAGUGUUCCGAUAUACCAAGAAAAAAUGAUGGGUUUACGCGAUACAUUGGGAGAAAGCUGUGGUUUUGGAAAGAACAGUGAACCCGCAUCUGUGGAAACAUCUGCUGCUGGAGACAGAGCGUAUUUGCUGUGGUUGGCGUUGCAAAUAGCUGCAACUAGAUACCAACAACACGAUGAUGCAAUCUCCUUUAUUAAUAAGCAUUUGCAGUACUGGGAUAAAUCGUAUAACUACAGGUACGUGCGGCUAGUGGAAGCAGAAGUGCACGCGCUGGUGCGGCGCGCGCGGGGCACGCGGCGCGGCGCGCGCCUGCCGCCGCACGCGCUGGCCGCGCUCGCCGCGCUGGCCGCCCCCGCUGCCGCCACUGCGCCGCCAUUCGCACGGGCCUUGUUGUCAGCUGCAUUGCCGCAACAUUACAAGAUUUUACAACGGAAAAUGUGUUCAAAUGAACAAGAAGUGAUGGAUCUUAAAGCAUCUCUAUGGGCAGUCGGCAGUGCUGCUGUCACCCCACACGGCCUACAACUUGUCAUGAAUUUAAGCAAUAAUUUUCUGGAAGAUUCUGUGCCCGUACAUAUUGUGAGACUAGCGAAAUAUUGCCCCGUUUAUUCAGUGCGAGCGACGGCUUUCUAUGUUCUUGGUCUUAUCGGUAGCACAUACGAUGGCGCUAACUUGCUUGCAGAGUUAGGUUGGUUUUGCGUGCGACAUACGAGACAUGACCAGUUUCCAGUCAUAUCAGACGAUAAUUAUGCAAUCGGAACAGAUCUCUCUGAAAAAUCCCACUUUUACGUUACGUCGCCUGAUCGAAGAUUCAAUGCAUUUGACAUUGAUUUGAGCGAACAUUCAGAUCACACAGAUCAAAGUACUGCGGAAAGUUUGCACUCAGAAUCGGCUAGAUUGAACAAGACGAUUGGCGCUAUUUGUAUCGAAGAAAAAGAUCAAGAUGUCGUAGAUCAUAAAAUUAGUUUCGAUAGACGCGAACCAGACAAAAGAAAAUCCCACACACUUCCUUCACAAGGCUGUUCUAGUUCUCACGAGAGAUCGUUAACGGAAUCAAGGACAGUUGAUAUUCUUCGAGAUUGUUCCACAUACGAACGAACUGGGCAUAAAAUGCAUAUGGAAAAUAGACUGUUAGGACGAAUGAACUCGCUCGAUCAAGCUCACGAAGGGAGGGUGAGGAACACCAGCGAAUCAAGCACGAGUGGUGUUAGUAGCUGCGAUUCCUUCUUAGGGAAAUACGCUAUUCCAGAUCGCGUGUUAACACUAAGCCCCAUCCCCAGUUCUUCGAGUUUGUACGGAAUGAAGAGCAGUGUCCCUCACCGGCCGCGUCUGGCCGAGACACAAAGACGCAUAUCGACUUCUAGUUUUACUGGGCCUGAUGCGGCGAGUUCUCCUCCAACACAACUGGAUAUGUCUGGAUACGCUACUAUACAGUCGUUGAAUAAACAUAGACGACCGCACGUAUCAGAGGGCGCAGCCACGAGUUCAAGUGAUAUUGAUGAACUCGUGUGGCUCUUACCGGACUUUAGUAGGCGAGGCAAACCCUACUCGUCGAUGCGGGAGAAAUCGAAAAUUCAUAGAGAACGAAUGGCUAAACUCAGCGUGGUGGAGGACGACUGGCGGCCGCUGUGGCAGGCGGAGCGCGCGGGGCGGGGCGCGGCGGGGUGCGGGGGGGCCGCGCGCCCCGCCCCGCGCGCGCCCCGCGCACCGCACUCGCCCCCGCCCCACUACAUGGGCAUCUGCCUGCCGCUGCACCUCGCCGAUGUCUUCCCCGAGUCAGUAUUGUCACUGGUCACCGAGGACAUAAAACCUGAAAAUGUUAAUGGUGACAAAAUAGUUCCUAGUCGAACACGAGUGCCGUCAUUCCUCGACUCAAGUAUUGCGAGCACCGACAACAAGUCCCGUGCCACACCCGAUAGUCAAAAUAUAACCAAUAAAGAUAUCACAUCAACAACGGUCGCGCAUCGACCGCUGCCCAUAGCAAUCACGAAAUCGGCGCUCCACGACGGAAUGGAAACGUCCAAAAUUAUAGAAGAGAAAUCUACGGAAGAACUCGCAAAACCCAACAUCACAGAUGACAAGAAUCACAUUAUUGCUAAGGAUACAGAGACUGUGGAACCGGCGUUGGUUAAAGAUGUUAGCUCUAGUACUGCGGUGGGCAGCACGCUGGUGGGCACGUUGAGCCGAGCGGAGAGUAAGCCGAGCAAAUGGAGGCACGCUACGAGGGAUUGCCUGGCCUGCGUUCGGACUAGGCCGCCGUCUUCUCAUGAGCUACGCGAAGCGUUUUUUGCAGACAUGGAAGGCGUGAGUGCGGCGGAAGACCGCAGCAGCCCCGCCCCGCCCGAGCCGACGCCCCAGGCUCAACUCUUACACAACGUGCUGUUUAUGUCCAACCCCAUACAUUUAAAACAGACGCGGUCCGCGCUGCUGUCCCUGAAGCAGCGGCACCCGGACGUGUUCCGCAGCGCGUGCGUGUACUCGGACGUGUGCGCUCUGCUCGCGCGCGACACCUACAUGCUGUGCGCACGACGCUUCCUACAAGAACUCUUCCUCGACACCAACUUCGAGUUGUUCAACGCCGAACCCGCCAACAUCCUCGCCAGACACACGCCCACGCUACCACCGAACAUCGACACAUAGCAACCUUUCACACAUAGCGUGUUGUACCCGCAUGCCUUAUAGAAUAAUUGUAUUUCCGUGUGCGGUCAUUCGUUUCGGAGCCACCUUCCAGUGCUGCUCUACUCGAUACGGUUUUAGUGUAUACAAUAUUAUGUUCCUUUCCGUGACAAAUAUAUUUUAGACGAUAGAAACGAUGUAUACUUAUAUAGAACGGUUUUUAAUUUAUGGUAGCGUAACGAACUCUUGUUGAAUGGAAAUCUAAUGGAUUUUCGAAUGUAAACUGUCGUUUCGUGAUGCGCAUAUUGUACGCGAUGAUCGUGGGUAAUAUUUAAAUCGAAAACCGAAAAAAAUCUUACAUUACGAGGUGUUCAUUUGAGUGUAAUCAUCCUUAUGGUAAAUAUUUAAUACUAUGAUAUCGUUCUAAAAUAAUUCCUUUGGAAGAUUAAUUGUAUUCUUAAUAUAAUAUCAAACUUACGCCUUAUAUGUAAAUAAUAAAUAUGUCAUAGGAAUAGAAUCUUUAGAUUAACAACCUAUGUUAUCCAUUGAAAACUUGAUAAUUGGCUGUAAGCUUACAUAAUAUGCUUAAAGUUUUAUUUAUUCUUUUGUUAUUUAAUGAAUAUGAUCGUAUUUCGGAAUGGUGUAUUAGCGUAUGAUUGUAUGUGUGAUUGAUAUUCUAAUUUUGAGUAAUUUUAAGUUAGUUGUCUAUUAAGAAUGACACUUUAUUUCAACAACUUCAAUUGCAAAAUUACAAUGCUAACCACAACUUUGGAAUAUAUUAUUGUAACUUGUCCUUUGGUCAGCAUGUUUAACUGAAAUUAGCAUUCACUGUUCGUCCAAGAUACACAUAGCCACCACCGCCAAAUUUGAAUAAUAUCUCCAAUACAGUAUAUGACAAGAUUUCUAAUAUUAAAUGUACAUAUGUUUCCCUAUAGCUUAUAUUACCUAGUGAUAUACUUAUCCCACCUUAACAAUGUCUCCCAUAAUUAAUUGAUAAAACAAAUUAUAUGACGCCAUUGUGUUCAAUUUUAUAACUGUCAGCAUUUAAUUUUCUAUAAUCCUUUAUUGGUUAUCAACAUCUGUUAUUUCUUUAUCUUUAAAGGAUAUUUAAUUAUAAUUAUAAGUAUUAAUCGUAACAUAAAAUAUUCGGGUAUCAAUAUGUUUGACAAAUGAUUUAUUGUUGAUGUUUCGAGAUAAAAGCUAGAUAGUUAGCUAUGGCUGAGUAAUCAUUUGCUGAUCCAUUUACACUUUACAGUAUACAAUAAUAUCUUAUCAUGAAUAAUUACAAAAUUACAUAGCAGUAUUUUCAAAUAACCUAGCAAAUUGUUAUAUUUCUCGAAAUAAGGUGCAUUUAUUAAAAUUAUCUAGGUCCUUUCCUUGUGUUUAUUUUGAAACAAUUUGCUUAAAGGUUAGUCAGUAAAGAAUGUUGGUCUGUGUAGAUUAAAGACAAACAUAGUUUUAUAUAACAAAACUAUUAAAACAUAUUCCGAAUUGAAAUACGUAAUAGUCUAAAAGUUUUUUUGCUGUUUUCAUUAUGAAAGUUUAUAUUUAUAAUGUAUAAGUUGCAGUUCAUUUGAUAUUAGUGCCAUUGAGCCAGUUCCUUUUUAAAUUUAUAAUAAUAUUAAUUAAAGACUUUACCGACUCCAUAUUAUAUUAAUAUUAUCAUAGUGCAGUUACAUCUCACCCAUUACACAGUAUAGUAUAAUAUAAUUUUAUACAACCUAA